AUGCAAAUUCUUUCGUUGACGUUACAUAAAUUGGCGGCUUACUGGACGGUUCAAGGAUGUGUAAGUGUGGUGGAAACCGUCUUGUAUGUUCCGUCAGUGUUACCAUUCUAUUCUGUGAUUCGUUUUGGGCUAUCGUUGUGGCUUGUUUUUCCAUUGGUUUCCGGAACAACCGUUUCCAAGACCUGGGAUAUAGAGGAUGAAUGGAAACAAUUUUGUCGCUCAGGAGCAGGAAUGGUGUUCACUCGCUUUUUGCUGCCCUUGGUAAGUCAUGAUCCGCUCAAUGGCGAAUCCCCAGUUGACAUCAUAAUGCAAUACUUGCGGAAAGCAUUGUCUCUUGUUGAAAGUCCUGAUAACCAGCAAUGGUUCAAGCGAGUGGUAGGUUCAUACGCAGCUAGCUCUGCUGAACCGGAAGCCAAAGAAGUGCCCAAGACUGACGAUGACGACGAUUAUGACGUAGUUGACAAGCCUCUGCCGGCAGAGGUUGAUGGAGUUACUCAGAGAAAGCCCGAGAAGAAGGGUUGGCUUUGGUGA